GGCGGCGGGGCUGGGGCGGGGAGCCGAAGCGGGAGGGGCGCUCCCCCGCCCCUGGAACGGAAUCCUCCCGGGAGCGGAGCAGGCUAGCGAGCUUGCAUCCCGCACCAUACCCCGGCCCCCGGCCCCGGCCCGCGUCAGACCGAGCUGCCGCCGCCGCCACAGCAGCAGCAGCACUCGGGGAUCCGGGCCCAGCCGGGGCUGCGGGAGGCGGGGGCGCCGGAGCCCUGGAUGUCCCGCAGCGCGGCGGCCAGCGGCGGACCCAGGAGGCCAGAGCAACAUCUGCCCCCUGCCCCCUGUGGGGCCCUGGGGCCCCCUGAAACCUCCAGGACGGAGCCAGCAGACGGGGCGGGCACCAUGAACAAGCUACGCCAGAGCCUGCGGCGGCGGAAACCAGCCUACGUGCCUGAGGCAUCGCGCCCACACCAGUGGCAGGCGGACGAGGACGCGGUGCGCAAGGGCACGUGCAGCUUCCCGGUCAGGUACCUGGGCCACGUGGAGGUGGAGGAGUCCCGGGGGAUGCACGUGUGUGAAGAUGCUGUGAAGAAGUUGAAGGCGAUGGGCCGGAAGUCUGUGAAGUCUGUCCUGUGGGUGUCAGCCGAUGGGCUCCGGGUGGUGGAUGACAAGACCAAGGACCUGCUGGUAGACCAGACCAUCGAAAAGGUAUCCUUCUGCGCUCCUGACCGCAACCUGGACAAGGCUUUCUCCUAUAUCUGCCGUGAUGGGACCACCCGCCGCUGGAUCUGCCACUGUUUCCUGGCGCUCAAAGACUCCGGCGAGAGGCUGAGCCACGCAGUGGGGUGUGCGUUUGCGGCCUGCCUAGAGCGGAAACAACGGCGGGAGAAGGAGUGCGGAGUCACGGCUGCCUUUGACGCCAGCCGCACCAGCUUCUCCCGGGAGGGCUCCUUCCGCCUGUCCGGGGGUGGGCGGCCGGCUGAGCGAGAGGCUGCCGACAAAAAGAAAGCAGAGGCAGCAGCUGCCCCAACUGCGGCUCCUGGUCCUGCCCAGCCUGGGCACGUGUCCCCAACACCGGCCACCACAUCCCCUGGCGAGAAGGGUGAGGCGGGCACCCCAGUGGCUGCAGGCACCACUGCGGCUGCCAUCCCCCGGCGCCAUGCCCCCUUGGAGCAGCUGGUUCGCCAGGGCUCCUUCCGUGGGUUCCCGGCGCUCAGCCAGAAGAACUCACCUUUCAAACGGCAGCUGAGCCUACGGCUGAAUGAGCUGCCAUCCACGCUGCAGCGCCGCACUGACUUCCAGGUGAAGGGCACAGUGCCUGAGAUGGAGCCUCCCAAUGCCAGUGACAGCGACAGCAUCAGUGCCCUGUGUACACAGAUCAGCUCAUCUUUUGCCAGUGCUGGAGCACCAGCACCAGGGCCACCGCCAGCCUCAACAGGGACUUCUGCCUGGGGUGAGCCCUCCGUGCCCCCUGCAGCUGCCUUCCAGCCUGGGCACAAGCGGACCCCUUCGGAGGCCGAGAGGUGGCUGGAGGAGGUGUCCCAGGUGGCAAAAGCGCAGCAGCAGCAGGCAGCCUCGGUGCCUGCCGUGCCCCCUGGCCUGCAGCCCUUCCCCGCCCCCGUGGGGCCCUUCGACGCCGCACCUGCCCAGGUGGCCGUGUUCCUGCCGCCUCCACACAUGCAGCCCCCUUUUGUGCCCGCCUACCCGGGCUUGGGCUACCCGCCCAUGCCCCGCGUGCCCGUGGUGGGCAUCACACCCUCACAGAUGGUGGCCAACGCCUUCUGCUCAGCCGCCCAGCUCCAGCCCCAGCCUGCCACCCUGAUUGGGAAAGCUGGGGCCUUCCCACCCCCUGCAGCACCCAGCGCCCCUGGGGCCCAGGCCCGUCCUCGCCCCAAUGGGGCGCCCUGGCCCCCAGAGCCAGCACCCGCCCCAGCCCCUGAGUUGGACCCCUUUGAGGCCCAGUGGGCAGCGUUAGAAGGCAAACCUGCUGUAGAGAAGCCUUCCAACCCCUUCUCGGGCGACCUGCAGAAGACCUUCGAGAUUGAACUGUAGCCCGAGUCACCCCAUCAUCUCCAGGAGCCCCACACCUGGGAGUGGAGGCCCAUCCUCUCCCCAGUCCUGCUCCCUGGGGCUGCACCCUCCUGACGACCUCUCUAACCCUUCUCUCGACCACCUCCCACAACCAGUACAGAACCGACAUUGUGACGCCCAGGUUGCGAUGGGAUGGAAUUCAGGGACGGACCCAGCCUGGCUAAGGGACCCAUUUCUCUGCCAGACUUAGGCUGGCAUGGCCCCCUCUCCCCGGAACCCAGACACAGGGGGAUGGCCCCAAUCUCACCGAGUGCCCUCGGUUCAAGCUGUAUUUCCCAAUUUCUGUUGUUGACCUUCUACCUUCCGGUAUUCGGUAGGAUGGAGGAGGGAUGCCCACCUGGGGGCCCUCCUCAGCCCCAAACGAGUGCCCACCCCAGUUUGGUCAUUCCCCCGCCCCCAUACACAGCACAAACAAAGGGCUUCCUUCUGCCCACCUGCUGCGUUCACUGCCAGUGCUGUGCUCACCCCUACCACCCCUCCCCUCCCCUUGGGGGCCCACAUGUUCUUUGGGCCAGGGUCUCAUGGGGGUAGGGGGCCAAGUUGGGGGCCCAGGAGGCAGGUAGGGGGAAGGGGAAGGGGAAUAAGAUGCUCAGUUACCUCACGUCGGUGCCCGCUGGGGAGGGGUCCGGGAAGAAGGCAGGGGGUGCCUGGCGGGUACUUUUCUAUCUUUUAUUUCCAGAUUUUUUUGUAUCUAAACUUGCAGAUUUGUAUUAUACAAGGACAGCCAAUAAAGGAAGAAUAUAAUGGUGCCCCUCUAGAAGGCAGGGUGUGUGUGCAGGGGGGAUGGUGUGGAGACAGAGCCUUUCCCCCUGAGUCAUCUCCUAAAACCAGAGGGAGUAAAGAGGGUCUCCCUGCAUAUCCACCUCUGAGUCGUAGCUUGGGAGCAGUCAACACUGACCCAGCACUCAAGAAGUGGGUUAUUAAUGAGUACCCCAAAUUAAUCACUCCAUUUCUGAUUCUUAUAGAUUUUGAAACAAGGAAUUAAAAAAAAACAUAUAAUCUGCUGCUAAUAACUUCAGUAUUAAAAUUUUAAAUAAUUACGUUUGGAGUAGCGUAUCUUCGAGCUGGCGAAUUCACGUUUCAGCAACUGCAUUUUCCGUAACUUAGGCCAAAGUGUCAUCCGACGUGGCAGCACGUUUUUAAGGCUCUCUGUUGUUUCUUGGGUUCCUUGAUACAAUCUACAAAGUUAUAUAUUUUAAAAUAUAUAAAUUAUAUGUUUAAUUCUUUAUAGCUCUCUAAAAUGAUGAGACUGGUUUCGUGAACCCCAAUAUUAUAUCCCCAUUUGACAGAUCAGGAAGUUGAGUCACUUACCCAAGGUCACACAUCUGAUUAGUGGGGGAGCUGGGAUUCAAGCCCAGCUUCUGGUCGACCUCAAGGCCAGUCACUGAACCACCAGGCCGUGAGGGAACAAGCCUAGGGUCUGCCCUCAAGGGUUUACAUUACAGCCCAUCAACUGGCUGGAUCCUGGACUAGGGGACCUGUGACAGAUGGCUCACCAGGGCAGCAAGAGGGUCCCCAGGGAGCAAGCAAAGGACUCUGCUUGAAAAGAGCCACGCUUUCUUAAUCCAAGCCUUUGCAGAUGUCAUUUCCUCUGCCUGAAACACCCAUUCCUGACACUGCACCUUCUCCCAGAAGAAUGCUACUCAUUCCUUUUUUUUUUUUUUUUUUGGGAUUGCAGUUUGCUUUAUUUUCCCCCAAUAAUAGAAUGUCCUGGAUGCCAUUUCAUACAGAUGAGUCACAUAUAGAUCUGUGUCACCUCUCUUUUAACACUUCAUAGGAUGCUACUCAUUCUUCAGGCCUCAGCUCAAAUAUCUCCCCUUCUUAGAAGUGGAGCCUCUUCCAAGGCCCCGCCCCCAUCCAAUCCUUUCAAAGCUCUAUGACCCAUCAGGCUGAGUCAGGAGCCCUCCGCUCUGCUUGGAUCCUACAGGGCCCUGUGCUUCCCGCAUCCUGGCCCUAACUCCUCUGUUUCCCCCAGCCCAGGCCUGACCCAUUCUGGGCUGUCACUAUCUGGCCCCCCACUGGACUGUCAGUGAGGGGUGGGUUUGGGGCUGUCUCGGUCACUUUGUGUUCAGGCACAAGGCCAGAGAAGAGGCAAUCUCAGCAAUUCACCGCUACAAACCGCUGGCGAGUGAGAGGGGCAGAAAAGACCUAGGACUUGGAUAUGAUUCGAACUACUGGUCUCAUGGAGAAACAGGCCACGCAGCACACAGAACAUAAGGGACAGAGUCAAGACCAUCUUCCAUGCCAGAGGCUGAUCUUUACACAAAACCAUUCUUCGCUGUGCUCAGAGCAGUCUUUCUCAGACACCCCUCCGUGACCACCCCCCCACACACACACACGCACACCAAUCUCCGUAGAAGCAGAUGUUUUGGGCCCGCGGAGCUCCACGGAUCCCUUAUCUCC